AUAGAACCAAGUAUCAGGCUGUACCUUCACCACCUACCAGUAACGAAUAUCCAUCGGCACGCCGUUGCCAUUAUCUCUUGUGAGAUUUGUCUCGGUUGGUAAUUUCCUACCCUUGAAUACUAUUACCGUGAUGUUUGACUUACUACGCGAAGAUUCCCACGGUUCGAUUGUGCGACUCACUUUUACAGUUGUAUCCUCUUUCCUUACUAUUGUAAGAAAAUCCACGCAAACCGCCUGCAAGCCGAGUCCCCACUUUGAUUGUGCGCACGGUCCACACUCCGGAACCUCUCCUUUGUUUAUGUGGCCAGGGCCACACUCAGCGCAAACUCGCUAAAAAGCCCAGACUCUCCGAGGACUCUCGCCGCUUUCAUCUCUGCCGACGACACUACUGGCAUCCCUGAUUUCUUUGACGAGCCAGGCCCCCCAACCUCUCAAGUUACUGAAGCUGAGACCGACAGCGAUUCACAGACUCUUGGAACUCCGGAACGCGGUGGCACGCCAACGCCCAUCAAACCGUUCCCUGCUUUUCCUCGACACUCAUCUAGGUGUUCCCAUUACUCCUGAUAAAGGCCGUCACGAGCGAAUCUCGAAUAAUACUCAGAGUACACCAUUUGCACCUUCGAAGCCCGCAGGGAUGAUACACCUAGAUCGCACCCGGGAUAACAUGAACCCUCUUCUCCGUCGUGACCUCGAAGAAAGAAAGACCGUCAAUCUUGAUAUAUGGAUUCAGGCUGUGACCGGUAGAAGCCCUGAAACAAUACGUCAAUGGUCGGAUAUUAUACGCCAAGAUAAAUUUUGUACUGAUGCUAUCAUCGACGACGCCGUUACGGAAUACUGUGCACUCGAGAAGCACGAAACUUAUCGCUAUCGCCCUUGGUGCCAAAUGGCCAAUAGGAUACUUUCCUUGGCUCGUAAAAAUAUCGAGUCCCUACCUCCGUACGCUUACGCUGACGUUCAGUACUAUCGCAAUGACCCUAUUAUCGUUGAAGGGAAUGGACGCUGGGAUGAGUAUGCUCAUCGUAAACCCGACGUGGUCUCGAUGCGCAAGGCCACUUUCGAUCACACGUGGAGCAGAGUUCAGGGUCAGCCAGAUCCACUCAAUCCACGCAUGAACAAACUCUGUUGGCCGGAGAUUGUCUCUCUCACGGAAUUCAAGGACGUGCCUGACCGACAUCUUGUGGAACUCGAAAAGACAUGGCAUCUGGUAUUGGAGGCCGCGAAGGGCCGCAAAGGUGAGCUGGCAAGUCUUGAAGUCAAAGAUAUGCCCCCACGAAGGUCGCCUCGAAAUCACGCAGCUUCCACUUCCGGAACUGGGAUCACAUCAACACCUGCAGACAUCCCUCGUGCUCCUAAAAGCUCUCGUAUAUUAAUCAGUGCAGGGCAGAAACGCAAGAAUACACAGUUCGCCAGUCAGGCAGUCGAGAAGAAACCAAGGGUCAGCCAGGAGCUUGAGGAGGAAGACAAACCUGAAGAGUCCACGAGUUCUGAUCCUCCAAAGAACGUUGUGGAACAAGUCGGCAGUUACGCUCUCGAAAUGCUCGCUUCGACUCACGGAACACGGUUACACAGCAUAAUACCUCUCAUUCAAGGAUCAAAAGUUCAGUUUUGGUAUGCCGAUGCCUCUGGCUUCGUCGUCUCGACGGAAAUCUGCUGGAUUUCAAACUUCGACAAGUUUGCUGCUCUCCUUGUCGCUUUAAACUGCUGUACUGAAGAGGAUAUGGGUCUUCGUAUGCCAGGCAUUACAUUACCUACAAAAAAGGGUAGACAUCCUUCUCCCGACCCCCCUCUGACACUCCAGGGUGCCACUUUGACUAUGGAACAUCCUGACGGCGGAAAUAUCGAAGUCACCAUGGGCGAGGAAAUCUUCACUCAAUACAGUCUGGUGGGUCGACGCACCAACGUCUACAACAUCAAGACGUCUCCUGGGGUGGCUGAUUGCGACCUAGUGAUCAAGAUGUCUUUCCAGCCGGUUUGCCGACAUCCUGAACAAGACAUACUCAGACUAGCCGAGAAUGCGGGUGUUGAGCAUAUUCCCAAGGCCUACAUUUGGACGAAUCAGCGCACUGAAUGGCGUUUAUCUAAUGGUAUUCGAGGUCGCUUCUGGCCUGACAACUCAACCGAUCAAUACUACGAUGAGCGUAGUUUCAGAUGGAUAAUCUUCAAAAAAUACUACGCGCUUGAAAAGGCUCUUGAUCCUCUUAAUAUGGGCUAUCUUUUCCGGCAGCUUUUGGACUGUGUCAAUCAACUGCGUACCAAGGCUUGCAUUCUCCAUCGCGAUAUUAGUCUGAGCAAUCUCAUGUACGAUAUUCGCGAUGGCACCAUCUACCUGAUCCUCAAUGACUUCGACCUCAGUAGUGUGGUCGACCAGAAUGGCGAGCCAACUGGAGCGACCGCCCGUCACCGGACAGGGACGCUCCCUUUCAUAGCCGUGGAUCUUCUUCAUAAUCCGGAUUCUCCCCAUUACGUUAGGCACGAUAUCGAAAGUAUUUUCUACGUUGCAACGUGGUGUGCAAUCAAACUUCCCCUGGAGGAUACUACUGUGUCUGAGACCCAGAGACGCAGGGCUCAACUCCAGGAUUGGGAGCUGCAUGGAGCGAAGUCAGUUGCCCGUGUCAAAAUAGAGAUAUUGCACAGCGAUAGAUUCGUCAAACUUCCUCUCUCUGACGACUAUGCUCCCUACCUACCAUGGCUUUACCAAAUCUGCAAAGUUAUGGAAGCAGGGCAGAGGGCAAUUACCGAUAGGAAACGAGAACUGGCAGUCAUGGGCAUUAUUGCAGAAGACAGCUUCAACGCUGAAACAUGUGGUGGUCAUAUCACUUAUGAGAACGUGAAGAAAGCCAUGUCGGUGGGUAUGGCUUCCGUUUGUAAGGCACUCACUAACGUUAUGGUGUAAUGACUUGUAAUUAUUUUACUACUACAUACUGUCAGUGCGCAUGAGUUUGUCUUUGUCGGGACAGCAACUUGAGAUAGAGUCUUCUUCGCGCCCCACUGCUCGUUAGUAUCUCUGAAUGUGUUGAAGAGGCAAUUGGGACAAAGUGCGGUCAAAUACGAGACUACUGAUUCAUUGUCAGUUUAUGGCACAACUUGGAGGGAUUUCUAAUAUACAUUUACCAUAUACAAGUAUUCUCCGC